AUGACGAAGCGAUACCGGGGAGAUGCCGACGGCACCGCUUCGGAACAGGCCCGGAAAGCCAGAUGCACUGGCAGCAUGGUCGACUCAGCUGAUGGCGCUGGCCACGCCUCAUCCUCAGACUCUGCCGCCCCCCAUCGUCAGCUUCCUGCCGUCGCCGACUCUCCUGCACUGCACCAGUCGCAGGACGACGUCGACUUCCCCGGCUUCGACGCCGCCAUCGCCCUCGGCCUCGACGUUGACGAUCCCUUCAUUUGCGACCCGGUCGCCUCGGGCUCGCGGCCAGCGGCGCUCCCACGCACCAUGGACGAACGCUUUGUCCCCGGUCUCCAGACCUUUGUCGGAGGUCUGGAAAUGUCGCGCCCUCUGCACGAGCGAACGGCCGCAGCGAUGCCCGGCCCGUCUUCGGCCCACUUCGACGGCGUCUCAAUCGAACCCCCUCCCUUGCACAUGAGCCGCCGAUCAGUCUCCAGCCAGCGUUCGUCCUCACCUCCGCGGCCCUCGCUCGACGGUACCGUACGCAUCGUGCCCAACGAAGGGCUGGCAGCACCUCCAACUGCACCUCUGGUGCCCGGCGUAUCGCCCGGCUGGCACGUCGAAUCCCAUGGCCGGCAGGCCAUGGAGCUCCACGAAGGCGUUCGCUACCGGGACGACGAAGGCUGGACACCACUCGACGCCUUUCCCGCCCGCACUCAGCAGGGUCGCUCGGCCGCCAACGGUGCCCGGCUGCAACGUCGCAAAGUGCGUGCGCCAGACGCACAACUGCUCGAGUCGCCCUACAGGCCGGCGACGGAUACGAUGAGCAUCUCCACUACGUCGCAACUGUCGCCACCGCGGAAGCCCAGCUCCAAUGAGAUCUUCUCAGAAGCCUCCGGCUCGCGGCCUCGGCCGUCGCUUCGAGGCUCCUUUCAGAAGAGCUCGGUGUCUUUACCGCCCAUCUCGACCAUCCGCCUUGCGCCCAUGGAAGGCGACGAUCUGAGGGAGCUCAGCCCCAUCGACAAUCUCUCCACACUCCAACCUCCUUCGUCCAAGGCGCACGAAUUUCGCCCGCGACCUGUGCAGCUCGGCGCCAAUGAGGGGCCCACGCAAGCUGCACCUGCGCCGCAUGUCCGGUUUCAAAACGGCGUGCCGACGACAUCCGCGCGGUCACCUCUCGUAUCCGAGCCCGUUGCUCAUGGGCGGAAAGCGCUGCGGCAGCCUGCUGCGGACAGCCUCACGGCCAACGCCACAACGGCAUACAGAUUGCAGGACUUUGAGGUUCUCGAGACCCUCGGCACAGGUACCUUUGGCCGCGUGCUGCUGGUGCGGCUCAAGAGCAAGGAGACGACGGACCCUUCGGCCUACUUUGCGCUCAAGGUGCUCUCCAAGUCCGAGGUGGUCCGGCUCAAGCAGGUCGAGCACACCAACUCGGAGCGCGCCAUCCUCCACAAGGUCCGGCACCCUUUCCUCGUCAACCUGAUCACCACGUUCCAAGACUCGAAAAACUGCUACAUGCUGAUGGACUACGUGAUCGGCGGCGAGGUCUUCUCGUACCUGCGGCGGGCCGGCCGCUUCUCGGUCGACGUCACGCGCUUCUACAUCUCGACAAUCGUGCUGGCCAUCGAGUACCUGCACGACCGCAAUAUCAUCUACCGCGACCUCAAGCCCGAGAACUUGUUGCUCGACGACCAGGGCUACACCAAGAUCACUGAUUUCGGGUUCGCAAAGGAGGUCGAGGACCGCACGUGGACGCUUUGCGGAACGCCAGAGUACCUCGCCCCAGAGAUCAUCCAGUCCAAGGGACACGGCAAAGCGGUCGAUUGGUGGGCCCUGGGCAUCCUGCUCUUCGAGAUGCUGGCGGGCUACCCGCCAUUCUACGACAACCAGCCGUUUGGCGUCUACGAAAAGAUCCUGCAGGGCAACAUCGUCUUCCCGGCGCACAUCGACGAGGUGUCGCGCGACCUGAUCCGGUCCCUACUCACGGCCGACCGGACGCGGAGGCUGGGAAACCUGCGCGGCGGCGCUCAGGAUGUCAAGAACCACUUUUGGUUCCACGGCGUCGACUGGGACCAGCUCGCCGCGCGCAACAUCCGCCCGCCCAUUGUGCCCUUCAACACCCAGGCCGGCGACACGUCCAAUUUUUCAAAGUACGAGCGCGUCAGGCUCAGCAGCCUCCCCGGUUUCGCCGUCGACGCGGCAGCAUCGUCGUCGUCAUCGUCCUUGGAUGGGCCGGCGCGGCAGGAAGAGGUGGAUCCGCAUGCCCAUCUCUUCACCGCAUUCUGA